AUGUUCGUAAAACGGAUUCUCGAGUACAGCGUCCUACUAUCGGUUGUCUCCCAAAGCGUGUGUCAUAGUCAUAUUAAUGAUGAGGAAACUGAAGCUUCCGUAUUAGAAGAGCUCCACAGAAAAUGGGGAGUUGAUUAUGCUUUCUCUGGAAUAUCUACAUUCGCACAUCUUCCAUAUGUCAGGUGUCUCACAACACCUCACGAGAAGUUCGAUAUUGCCAUCCUUGGAGCGCCGUUCGAUACGGCAGUGACAUACCGUCCCGGUGCGAGGUUCGGGCCAAAAGCUAUCAGAGCUGCAUCUGCCAGACAAGUGGGGUUCAGAAGCUUCAAUGCAAAGGCUGGAAUAAACCCAUACAUGUCGUGGCCCCGCAUUCUUGAUUGCGGUGAUAUACCUAUCACACCUUUCGAUAACGAAUUGGCGCUGCUCCAGAUGACCGAAGCGUUCCGCGAGUUACUUGGCAGACAGAGCUUCUAUUCAACUCAAAAUGACAAUGGCAAAAAGCCGCCAACACUCAUUACGUUGGGCGGUGACCACUCAAUUGCACUUCCGGCGUUAAGGGCACUGAAAGAAGUGUACGGGCCUGUUGCAGUCCUACAUUUUGAUGCUCACCUUGAUACUUGGCACCCUUCAAAGUACCCAUCAAACUGGCCCUCGGAACAGUCGGCCUUCAACCAUGGUUCCAUGUUCCAUCUCGCCUACCAAGAAGGCCUCCUCAUAAACUCCACAGUUCACAAAAAUAUACACGCUGGCCUCCGCACCCGCCUCAACGGCGACGGGUGGGAUGACUACGAAGAUGAUUCCUCAAUGGGGUGGGAGCGAAUCUCCACAGACGAUAUUGACGAUAUCGGCGCAAAAGGCAUCAUUGAGAGGAUUAUGACCACUCUUGGUACCGAGAUUCCUGUAUAUUUGAGCAUUGAUAUUGAUGUUAUUGAUCCUGGGCUUGCGCCUGGAACUGGAACACCGGAGCCGGGUGGUUGGACUGUGAGAGAACUGGUAAGAAUUUUGCGGGGUAUUGAGGGGUUGAAUUUAGUAGGUGUAGAUAUGGUGGAAGUUUCCCCAGCUUAUGAUCAUGCGGAGAACACUGCGUUGGUGGCAGCACAAGUUGUCUUUGAGAUCAUCAGCAGCUUGGUGAAAAGGGGGUUGGAGGUACCAGUACAGCGAGUGGUCAAAGACCAAGCCAAGGACGAACUAUAG